AUGAAGCCGUACACUCUUGUUGUUUUCGGUCUGCUGUUAAAUGCAGGGGCGGCUACGCAGCUUCAUGAUCAACCCUUGGCUAGCGUCACCAACGAAGGUCACUUGACUGCCCGACAGACAGUGGAUCCUGCGGCUGGCCGUGUCGUGGUUGCCGCCAUUGAGCCGACUAAGAGUGGUCAAAUUGGAGUCAACCCCCCUGGGGCUGAGCCUACACCAGGUAAAAUAGAGGCACAUACGAGAUAUCUUACGUUGGAACAAGGUACAACAAAGUGGAUAGGACACAACUCUCAGUACAUUGCGAUAACAACUGUCACGUCUGUUGGUUCGGGAGGGACAGCAGUCGCGACCGUCACGAACGCUGUCACUGCAUCGAAGAAUGCCGCUGGCGGUCUCAACAUCUUGCUGAGCCCCGGACUUAAAGCUAAGCUAGAGGCGAUAGCGAAGGAGGUAACCGCCUGUGCUGCAAAGCACAGGAGACAGCCUCGAAACGUGGUCUACAAGCGUCAGGGGGCCCCAGCUUGCGGCUUGGCCGAUUACGUACAACGUGUAGCCGCCGACACAGAGCUCAGGAACAGCUUUGCGCGUCCUCUCACAGAUCAAGUCUUGACGGAGGAGUACGACUCGGGAUAUGAAAGUGGCCCAGGAAGCGAGGACGGCUGGGUUGACGGUGGCGAGGCCGAGGGUGGAGCUGAGUCUGCCGUGGAAGAGACGGUCAUCUUUUCAUCUGAGGAAGAAGCUGAAGCUCUAGGUGCAGCUCUUUCAGGCGGCGAAGCAGCGGCGAAUGCAGCCGUCUGGGGGAGCUCGACUAUCACAGCCGGCUCGUUUUUGGCCUGGGUUUGGGGACACAUUCAAAACGGCAAGGCAAUCCCCAACGCGAAUGAGAUCCCAAAGGAGAGCAUCCAUAGGGUCACCAAGACCAAAACAUCCACCAGGAGCACUUCAACCUCAAGCAGCAGCUGUCCUACGGGAACUCCGCCAUCAUGCGACGGAGAUUGUAAGCCCACCAGUUCCAAGAUCGAAGAUCCUAAGGCUACAGGAUUAGUUGAUUGGGCUUGUUCCGAGGGCAAAACAAAGGGAUGCAGUUGCUUCCCAAGUAUUGUUACCCAAGUCACCAUUUCCGACAUCGUCUUUGACCAGGCUGUCCUCGAUGCGUUAAAGAAUAUCAAAGAAGAGCCCCAGCAGCCUCCGCAGCCCGAGAUCAGCAUUGAAUGUCCUGGCGAGCUCACUAAUGUUCCCAGCAAGUUCUUUCUGGACAGCACUUCGAAGACAUUCUGCGAGAGGGUAAUGAAUGAUAUAGGCGCACCGCAAGGACCUACACCGUAUGAUAUUAGUGGUAAUGAGAUCCCUCGCCUGAAGGCCGCCUUGGCAACCCAGCAACAGACGAAAAGAGGUUUUGUGCGAAGAACACCACCGGAAAAUAUCGACAAUUACCAAGAUUACACCAUAUUUCUGUCCUUUAUUCCUCUUGAUGACGAAUGCCAGGUAGACGACCAAGACGUCUGCAGAAGCGCAUGGGAUAAGCUUGUCAAGAGCAACUGUGGAUCGAAUCAUGGCUCAGCAGGAGACCGCAUGUCCAGAAAGGCGUCUAUUGACGUCGGCUGCGGCAAGUUCACGUGGGAGGUGCAAAAGAUGGCAGAGAAGCCCUCACUUGGCAAGCGAGAGUGCCAUGAUUGGUACAAACACAGCGACGUGCAUAACAACGUUCAGGAACUUUGGUCUGUCUUAGGUUGCAAAGAACUUGCCAAAGACAAGAAGAUGAGCGCAGGAGAUGAAGACGUCUACUGGCAUCCCCUGCCCGGCUACGAGCCAGGGAACUUCAGGAUCACGUGGAUCGACGGUUGCAAGGCUGCUAGUGAGCAGAGCCUUGAAUUUCCCAUUGCGGAUGAUAAGAGCAUCACCUGUGCGAGUAUCAUGAGGGAAAACUACCUAUCAUGCAACAAUGGCGGAACUGGAGGCCAGAUUGAUGCUGGCUGCUUGCGGUACGAUUUCUAUCCCAACAAAUGA